GUGGCCACUGUUGGUGCAGACGCUGCAGGAGUUCACAAUGGGGUCGGUAACAGCGUCCGGGCAUUUGGAUGUUUUUGUCGUUUGCUUUCUUCUGCCCUCGUUUAACUCAGCAAACUGGAUCAUGGCAGAGACACCGGAGCUCCGGAUUUUCCCCACCACCGGGCUCGGGGUGAAGGAGCACUCACAGAUUGUUGCUCACCACAAUAGACUGCGCAGCCGGGUCAAACCCAUGGCAGCUAACAUGCAAAAAAUGGACUGGAAUGAGAAGUUGGCUACACUUGCAAAGGAGAGAGCCACAUUGUGUCACAAAGAGCCUUUCCUUCAACACUCCUCGUCUUUCAGCCAUAUUGGCUGGAACACACAUCUUUCUGUUGUUGGUGCUGCUUCAUUUUCUGACAUCAUUGACUUCUGGUUCGAGGAAGGAAAAGAUUUUCUCUACUCUAGCGGCCGAUGUAAGGAAAAUGCCACCUGUCAACACUAUACCCAGUUGGUCUGGGCUACUUCAAGCCAGGUGGGUUGUGCCAACCAACAGUGCUGGAGAAAUGGAGAACUCUGGGAGAUAUUUGUCUGUGCAUACUAUCCUGGGGGUAACUGGGAGGUAAAUGGUCAACUGGUGAUGCCGUAUAAAUCAGGGCUGUACUGCUCUCUCUGCACCUCCUCAAUGUCUGGCUGUUUGAGACUGUGGGACCAUGUAGGCGGACUAUGUGAGAUUCCAAAGAACCCAUGUCGUAUGAACUGUGGCGAACACGGCCAUCUUAAUAUCUCCUCUUGCAAAUGCAAGUGUGACCUCGGGUUCACUGGACGCUUCUGCCAGGUUCGGUGCAAUGUGCAAUGUGUGCACGGACAUUUCAAAGAAGAGGGAUGCUCUUGCUUGUGUGCUGUUGGCUAUGGGGGUGCUGAGUGUGCAGAGAAAGUGGAAUUCCCAUUUCAAAGCUGUGAUCUCAUCAUAGAUGGAAAUUGCUUCAUGGUGUCUUCUGAUGUUGAGACCUACUAUGGGGCUAAAAGUCACUGUCAGGAACAAGGAGGCAUUUUGGCUCAAAUCCACAAUCAGAAGGUUCAGGACAUUCUGGCUUUUUAUCUUAGUCAGCUGGAGACGAGCAACGAGCUCACCAGGAAUGACUUUGGAACUGAAAACCUCUGGAUAGGCCUGACAUAUAAACCUCCAAAAGACUCAUUUCGCUGGGACACAGGAGAGAUUCCCAAAUACUUCAGCUUUGCCUUUGGGCAGCCUGACAACCAAGGUUUUGGAAACUGUGUCGAGCUGCAGGCAUCGAGUGGUUUCAACUGGAAUGACCAGCGCUGUAAAACACUGAACAGAUACAUUUGCCAGCAUGAUGCAGAGCAUAUUGCUCAGUGGGAGGACAGCAGGUGACCUGGAUUUUUCAAAGGGGUGAAAUACUGCAGGUGUGAUUAUUUUAAGAUGCUGGGACAAUAGCCACCAGUGUUGGUGAAUGUUUUGCUUUUGUUGUAGUACUUUACUGUGCAAAUCUCUUUAACUACCAUUUUUACUGGGAGAGCAGGAAAUACGUGUGAUGCAGUGACUGUUUGACAUAUGCGUAAACAUGCAUGAAAAUAGAGUAUGUAAGGCAGAAUUUGUUAAUGAAAGUCAACAUUUGCUGUGAACACCUUAAUUCUUCAACACAGCCUGAACUCUCUUGGGUAGGCUUCCUUGUAAUUUCUUUAUGUAGUGUUCAGGAAUAGUUCUCCAGGCUCUUAAAGGACAUUUAAAGUUCUUUUUUGGACCUUGGCUGCCUUUUGUUCAGUUCUCUGUCAAGAUGAUCCCACACUGCUUCAAUAAUGUUGAGGUCCAGGGGAGGUCCUGGAGAGGAUAAUACAUGAUCGGACAGGACUGAAAAUGACUGAAAAAGGCACCAGUGUUCAUGCACUUUCAGACCUUCAAAUAAACAACAACAACAAAAAAAACUGGAGAGCUUAUGCUCAAAACCACUGGCUCCUUUGAAGCAAAAUAAAAGAAAUAAGGGGGUGCUUAAGACUUUUGCACAAUACUGUACAUGGAUUCGGUUAGGUUUAGAUGUGCUUUAAAUAAUUUACAAGUAUUUUACAAUGAAAUGGCUUUAUGCCACAGCUGGAAUGAAAAGUCUCACAUGUAUCAGUGCACUUUUUAAAAUAUCUUCUUCCUCACCUGUCCUGGAAACUCAUGUGUUCAGCCAACAUUAAAGCAAAUUUGAGUUUGAGUUC